CUCCUCUGGACGUGCUGCGCCGCUCUUUGCUUGCUGUUUCUCACUCCAUCGUCAGGGGUCGUGCCGCAACUGGACAACUGCGUCCUGCUCGGGCGGAGCGGACGCACACUUUGGUCCUGGACGCGCAGACAGGCAGCUUCAUUACAGCAGUUUGUGAGUGCCUGCCUUUUCAGAUUGAAGGAGUGAAGUCCAGCUGACCAAACUGUGGGACCCUGAACUGCAGUAAAACGUGGACAAUGUGGACCGUACGGGAAUAUUAAAAACUGGGCCCGUGUUGAAGCCACAGCGCAGCGGCUCUGACACGAAGCAGAAGCACAGCAACUCCCGCUAUUCUGCAAAGUAAGAGUGCGUGUGAUGUUCGAGUUGUCCCUGCAGCCUGAAGAGCUCCACCUCUGGCUCAGUGCGCGCGGAGUGGGCGGUUUCUGGACACGCAUACGCACACACACACGCGUACACGAGCACGCACGCAUAUUAUGGACUGCAACCUGUGGAUUCCUGUUGGACUCUCUCACAGCCUGUCAGGAGUAGGUGACCGGCACUGAGAGCAGUUAAAAGGGCGGCUUUUGUCAGCGCGCAACGUUGGAAAAUCUAAAACACGUCCGCUCCGUGUAAGAUGGCUUCUGUCAGAGGACUUGUUAUUCCCUCACUGGUGGACUUCGUAUCAAACGGCGCCUUUUGACCGACUUGCCGGAGCGCUCAGAAUAAAGUUUCACAUGGUGCACUUUAUCCCGAGGCAGCACAGCGCGCUACGGGAGUCAGAAAUGAAAGCAGGGCCGACGCUGUUUUGCGCAUUUGUCUUUAGGAAGUAUUUCAAAUGGCUUGAUACACGAGUCUGUUCUCGCUUCUGAUCUGCGGCUGCCACAGAUAACAGCGCGCUCCGACGGACUUUGGUUACCAUUACGCACAUUUUACACUUGGAUAGCCGACUGAAGCUCCGAGCAAGACACACUUGGGACUCCGGAGAGCACAGCGGGACAACACGAUGAGCAGCUGCUGGCUUGCCUUGGUCGGUUUGUGGUGGAGCGCUUGUUACUGCAUGUUCCUGGUGGCGGGGAGUAAUUAUUCACUGGAUGGAAACAACGAAGUGCACCCGGGUUUCAUCCACCGGCGGCUGCGGACGCACGAGAAGAGGGAGAUGCAGAAAGAGAUCCUGUCCAUCCUCGGGCUGCCGCACAGACCGAGACCGCAUCUGUCGCACGGAAAGUACAACUCCGCUCCUCUGUUCAUGUUGGACUUGUACAACACCAUAUCUAGCGAGGAGAAAAGCCAAGUGGGAGGCAUGCGGGACGGGUACCGGAGCAUGCGGACGACCCAGAGUCCUGCUCUGACCACGUACCAAGAGACCGCCUUUCUAAACGACGCGGAUAUGGUGAUGAGCUUCGUUAACCUCGUGGAGUACGACAGGGAGCUUUCCCCACAGCGGCGUCACCACAAGGAGUUUAAGUUCAACCUCUCGCAGAUCCCGGAGGGCGAGGCCAUCACCGCAGCAGAGUUUCGCCUCUACAAGGAGUGCGUGAGCCGCGCCUUCCGCAAUGACACCUUCCUCCUCAAGGUGUACCAGGUGGUCAAGGAGCACCCUGACAGAGAGGCAGACCUGUUCCUGCUGGACUCUCGCAGACUGUGGGCGGCUGAGGAGGGCUGGCUGGAGUUUGACAUCACUGCCACCAGCAACCUGUGGGUGAUGAGUCCGGUGCACAACCUGGGCCUGCAGAUCAGCGUGGAAACCAGCAGCGGGCGGAGCAUCAGCUCCAAGGAGGCGGGGCUAGUAGGACGUGACGGCGCCCUGGAGAAGCAGCCUUUCAUGGUGGCGUUCUUCAAAGUCAGUGAAGUGCGCAUCCGCACCGCCCGCUCCACCGGCGGAAAACGACGCCAGCAGAACCGCAACCGGUCCACACAGCCACAGGAGGGAUCCAGAGGCCUCGGCCCAGCAGAUUAUAACAGCAGCGAUCAGAAGACGGCGUGCAGGAGACACGAGCUCUACGUCAGCUUCAGAGAGCUGGGCUGGCAGGACUGGAUCAUCGCUCCUGAAGGCUACGCAGCCAACUACUGUGACGGAGAGUGCUCCUUCCCCCUCAACGCCCACAUGAACGCCACCAACCACGCCAUUGUACAGACACUGGUGCACCUGAUGAACCCCGAGAACGUCCCGAAGCCGUGUUGCGCCCCCACCAAGCUCCACGCCAUCUCAGUGCUCUACUUCGACGACAACUCCAACGUCAUACUGAAGAAAUACAAGAACAUGGUGGUCCGGGCCUGCGGCUGCCACUGACACCCGCUCAGAGGGCUGAUGAUGCCCGAUUAAAAGUUGGGCUGCUGCAACAGAGACUUCCGGGUGAUGUUGACCUCAACUAGACACCAGACUUCCUGCCCAAGUCUUCAGCCUGCAAGGAAUGUCCACUCUGAAAGACUAUUACCAAAACAUCCAUCCAAUGACGUGAACAUUCGCCUGCUUCAAACUAAGACGCCAACAUGGCUGUCGUCUACAGGCAACUUCAGCCUGCCCCCGUGUUGAGCCACCAAGCUGUCAGCUGUGGCCGUCGUGGAUCUGCAGCUGACUGAACGACCGCGUGUGUGUGGGGAGGAAGGUGUGUGUAAGUUUGUAUAUUAUGUGUGUGCGUAUGAAUGCCGAGGAGGCUACUGCAAGCUGUCCCUGGUAGAGAGGACGAGGGCUAAACUGAACUGUUGCGGGACCAGUCCGAGCGCCGCUUUCCCUCCCUUCUCCUGUCCGACUAAAACACAAGAAGGCGAGUCGGCUCAAACAGCAGUCCGUGACAGCACCUGGUCAAACGACAGAAAAUGUGGACCAAUGGGUUGAGUGAGUUGGGAAAAUGGAAAAACUUAGUUUCCUUUUCAGUGCAAAUUUUAACUGAAUCUGCACUUAAGUGAGUCAGUAGAUUCAUGUUUCCCUUCCUCUCUCCUGAUGUAUUUUCUUCUCAAGCCAUAUUUGCCCUCCUAAAAUAUAAUCCGCACUGAACCAAAGUGACCGCAGGCUAUUUUAGCAGUGCGCUGCUCCAAAUAUCCCCUCCGUGUCAAUAUUUGCCAGGCUCACGCUGAGCUGCGAUUCACCAGGCUGGCUCAACAGAUGAUGCAUGUUGCGGCUAAGCUGAUGUUUUUCUCCAAAGAACCGAAGAAUACGGCCUUAUCCCUCCGACAUGCCGCAAACGGCCAUUUCCAUGUCGCUGCACUCGCAAAGUUAACAAGCGCUUCCACCCGACAGCCCAUCAAGAGACUGUGGAAAAACAUUUAGCGAGUCGCAAACAGCCGGCGCGGCGGCCGCUGUGCCAGCUUUCUGAAAUUAGCCCUUUGCUUUUUCAACACCGAGGGUCAAAUUCACGUUGAGAUUUGUGUCCAGUUUCUUUACUGUGAGCUUUCAAGGACAUAUUUUGAGCGUAUUUUAAUGAAAAACUAAUACCAACAAGAAUCAAAAUACCUUAUGUGCCUAACCAAUCAUAAAUUACAAAAUAUACCUCUGGUAAGCUGCUGUUUACAUUUGUGAUUAUGUUUAGACUGUUUUUUUUUGUAAAUACUUGUACAUUCUCAGCUUAUUUAUUGCACCUUUUAUUAAAAAUCACAUACCUUAUUAACUAAGACAGAUGCAAGAACAAAAUACAAACUUAUUUUUGAAGAUUUUAUUAUGAAAUCUCAUGUUACAACUUGCCAUUAUUCACUCUUUUUUUGUACAAAAUCUGCGACUCGCAAGGAAAAAAAAAAGUACUUCUGUCACUGGAGUUCCUUAGACCAUGUGCUAUCCAUAAAAAGUUUUACUGACAAA